UGAUUUCCGGUGUGUGGUAACUGGUCGUGGGUCCCAGACAGCUUAACCUCCCCCCGGUAAUGACAUCCCAUCCCGUGAUUUUGGCUUUCCGGAGCAGUGUAAGGUGCUGGCGACACCGGGCUCUGCUCAGAGUGGCUCUGGAGGCCUCGGACGUCCGCUGCAGGCGCCGGUACUCUACACAUAUUCGCGGCGGUGUCUCCGGUAUGGAGGAGAUACUAUCGAGGGUCGUUGCCCCUUUACCUUCCUACGAAACGAGGGACAAAUCCCCGCCUCCACCCGAAACUAACAGCCUGGAGUUCAUGUACUUCUACAAAAGUCUCGAUAAGGAAGAUAAACUGUGUUUCCUAACGAAGCUAUCACAAGACUUCGGGGUGGACCACAAAAGUGUUUCGGAGCUCGCACUGAAGCUACUGGACACUCAAUUACGGGACUUGGCGACCAUUUUGCUAGCUGAAGACAGACUCCGGUACACCUUGACUCCCCGUUAUAAACAGCUGUUCAGUCAUAUAAGCAGGGUCGAGGGGGGAGUGAAGUUUCUCGUGGAUCUGCGAGCGGAUGUGCUCGAAAUAAUCUCGUCCAAAGCUAGCGACAGCCCGCACAUCAGGGACCUGAAUGGUGCGCUGAAGAGCUUGCUGUCUGAGUGGUUCUCUGUAGGUCUGCUGCGACUCGAGAGAAUCACCUGGCAGUCCCCCUGCGAGAUCCUGCAGAAGAUCAGCCAGUAUGAGGCAGUGCACCCUGUAAGAAACUGGACCGACCUGAAGCGCAGAGUGGGACCGUACCGACGCUGCUACGCCUUCACCCAUGCUGCCAUGCCGGGAGAGCCCUUGGUUGUGCUCCACGUGGCUCUGACUGAAGACAUCUCUGAUAACAUACAGAGUAUUGUUCGUGAGUUUGCCACCCUGGACUCAGACGAAGACGUGAAUAAGAUCAAUUCAGCUGUCUUCUACUCGAUCUCUUCAACACAAGCUGGCCUGCAAGGGGUGGAACUGGGCAAUGUCCUCAUCAAGAGGGUGGUGCGUGAAUUGCAGGUAAGCGAACGUGGGCUGCAGGUGUUUAUAUACAACAAACAAUCACAUUUUCACAUUCGUAGACUGACAGAGUUUAUCUUGGCUCAGUUGCAGCUACUAGAACUUGAAUUGUCUUUGAGGAUAUGAUCGAAUUAUUCUGAAAUGCCUCAGCGUUCCCGUUGAUGAGAUGAGAAAAACAUUUUUGGUUAAUUCUGCUAAUUAAAAUGCCGGCAGCUGUUUAAAAUACGAUGACAUUCCAGAUAAGUGUCAAUGAAAGAGAUGCAGCAAGGUUAAGUAAACACGUGUUAUCUAAAUAUAACCAGGAUGUAGCGAGGCAUCCUCAACCUUUCCAUUACAGCUAGAUAAUAACGCCUUAUCGUGAACGCACACAUGACACAGAGCUCCUCCCUUUCUUCAGGUGUUGUCCAGCUGACCUACUUUCUUACAUUUACAUCCUUUUUUUAUUCUGAAUCAUAAAUCUCCCACUUGCAGUAGCGCCUGAAUGCAUGUACACAUAAACAGAGAAGUACUCAGCUGACAGGCAGCACUAACAUCUCAUCCAUCCCUCUCAAUAAGCACAGAAGAGCUCUUUGUGUUGGACCA